GAGCCUUGACCAGAGAUUGUCACUGCCUACUUCUUUCAAGCUUGCACAUGCAGAACUCAGACCUACAAUCUUAUUCAGGAAGCUCUUCCGAAUAUUAACUAUGCACAGCUGUUUUGAUGGAGACAAGGACAUCUCGUCUUAAAGAGGUGUUUUUUUUUUUUUUCAUGUUUUAAAUCCCCAAUGCCACCGGAGCGAUGCUGGAAAUCAAUCUCUCUAGGUCAAGCAACAGUAGGAAGCCGCCUGCAGUUACGCGCCGGCCUCGCUUGCCUAGCCUUCAAAGGCAGCCGUUGAAGGCAUUGCUUUACAGCUCCUCCACGGCUCCAGGCGUGCUGCGUAGCUAGCCAGUUGCUUUUCCCUUUUCCUUUACAAAACUGUCAGGCAAAAAAUGGGCAGAAAGAUAUUGGCUGCAAGGAACUCGGAGGCUCCUCCCAGAGUCUGGAUCCCGAGAUUUUUGGACGAUUUCUUCUAACUCCGUUGCAAACGCUGGCGAAGGAAACAAGUUACCGCACUACAAAAAUCGCGGAGCACUCUCCGCUUCGAGCAACACCCAGGCUCUCCGCUCCUCACGCCUUUCCUAAAAUCUACCUUGGAUGGCAAUGGUUAUCGGGGGCAACUGGCGUUGGCGAUCGGGGAGGGAAAACGCUGACCCUUUGGAUUUCUGCGCAAAGAAAGCUAAACGAGAUAGAAGACAAUGAAGACAAAAAAGGGAUCUGAAGCAAAGACAUUCUCGCGGACCCUCAUUCUGGUGGUCUGAGGUCUGGUCCGGCUUUUGGGGGGGCUCAAGGAUUUUGGGGGGAGAAAGGGGACGGGGAAAAAAGAAAAAAGCCCCUACGCACAAAUUGAUUUUAGCCGGUGUGAACCUUUAUUGGAUUUGGAGAUUCCCCAUUGGAUAUACAUUUUCAAGGCAUUCUCCCGCGUGCACAAAGAUCAUCAUGAAUUCGGUGGCUGGGAAUAAAGAGAGAAUUGCAGUCACCACCCGAAACAGGAAAUACGGGGUGAACGACUCCUGCUCUCCCACCAAACCCGCGGCGCCCUUCUCGCCGGAAAGCUGGUACAGGAAAGCUUACGAGGAGUCCCGGUCCAGCAGCCGCCCCGCCCCAGAAGGAGCCGGCUCUGUGGUGGGCUCCUCGGGCACCCCUUCGCCUGGGUCGGGGACCUCCUCGCCUGGCUCCUUCACUGGUUCUCCAGGCCCCGCUUCCCCGGGGAUCGGCACCAGCUCUCCGGGCUCUUUAGGGGGCUCACCCGGCUUUGGCACCGGCUCGCCCGGUUCCGGCAGCGGAGGAGGCUCCUCCCCGGGCUCCGAUCGCGGCGUGUGGUGUGAGAACUGCAACGCCCGCUUGGUGGAGCUGAAGAGACAGGCACUCAAGCUGCUGAUCCCGGGGCCCUACAGUCCCAAGGAUCCAGCAUUUUCUUCAGUGAUUCAUGAUAAACUACAAGUUCCCAAUACUACCCGGAAAGCAUGGAAUGAGAGAGAUAACCGUUGUGAUGUGUGUGCCACUCACUUGAACCAGUUGAAGCAGGAGGCUAUUCAGAUGGUCUUAACACUUGAACAAGCUGCCAAUGCAGAACAUUGUGAUGCUUCUCCUUGCUCUCCUCCUCCCCUUCCCAAUAUCCCCACCUUAGUGGGCUCUCGACAUAUGGGCAGUCUGCAACCCAGAGAUUGGGCAUACCUGUCUGCUCCUUAUGCUACUUCCAAUUAUGCUGGCUUUCUGCCUAACAAACUCAGUGGAAAAGUGAACAACAUAGGAAUCGUUAAUGGGAUAGAGAAGAAAAAUGGUUCUUUGGGACACCAGACAAAGGUCAGUGUACAGAUGGCUACCAGUCCCAGCAAUGGUAACAUCCUGAAUUCUGUGGCUAUCCAGGCUCAUCAGUACCUAGACGGCACCUGGUCCUUGUCAAGAACAAAUGGUAUUACUCUGUAUCCCUAUCAAAUUUCCCAAUUGAUUACUGAGGCUGGCCGCGAUGGACUGACGGAAGCCGUGCUGAACCAUUACAAUGCAGAUAAACCUUCCUUGUAUAGCUUCCCCAGUUCCCAGAGCACCUGUGUUGCUAGUGAUGCCUCCACUGGUACCUCAGUGGCUGCUUCCUUUUUUGCCAGGUAAGACUAAAAGUUCUGCUUUGGAUUAUUUUAAAUUAUCAAAUACCCUUCUAAAGAAAGCACACUUGAAGACUUGAUGGAAGGGUAUGGUAACACAGAGAACAUU